CCGCGCCCGCGGCCGCGGCCCUACUCCAGCGAGAGCGCCGCCGCCGCCGCCCGGGAGCGGGGCCGCGCCGCCAUCAUGCUGAGCCGGCUCGGGGCGCUGCUGCAGGAGGCCGUGGGGGCGCGGGAGCCCAGCAUUGACCUGCUGCAGGCCUUCGUGGAGCACUGGAAAGGCAUCACACAUUACUACAUCGAAAGCACAGAUGAAAACACCCCGGCCAAGAAAACAGAUAUUCCCUGGCGGCUGAAGCAGAUGCUGGACAUCCUGGUGUACGAGGAGAGGCAGCAGGCGGCCGUGGGUGAGGCAGGGCCCUGCCUGGAGUACCUGCUGCAGCACAAGAUCCUGGAGACGCUGUGCACGCUGGGCAAGGCUGAGUAUCCGCCUGGCAUGCGGCAGCAGGUGUUCCAGUUCUUCAGCAAGGUGCUGGCCCAGGUGCAGCACCCGCUGCUGCACUACCUCAGCGUCCACCGGCCCGUGCAGAAACUUCUCCGCCUCGGCGGGACGGUUCCUGGGUCCUUAACAGAAAAGGAGGAGGUGCAGUUCACCACCGUCCUCUGCUCCAAGAUCCAGCAGGAUCCGGAGCUGCUCGCCUACAUCCUGGAAGGUAAAAAGACCAUAGGCAGGAAGAAGGCACCCAGAGACUCCACCGCCCUGCCGAGGGACACAGCCGGCCACAGGGACAAAGACCACUCCCACAGCAGUGCUCCUUCCAGGGGUACCCAGCGGGACGGGGAGCUAUCUGGGGCCCAGGCCUCAAACAGCCACCUACCUGCUGAGACCGAGGAGCCGGACUGUGGGACUGGGGAGAGCAACCUGAUCACCUCCCUGCUUGGCCUGUGCAAGAGCAAGAAGAGUCGGGUGGUGCUGAAGGCCCAGGAGAACCUGCUGCUCCUGGUAAGUGUGGCCUCCCAGGCGGCUGCCACCUACCUGGUGCAGAGCAGCCCCUGUUGUCCUGUGAUCGCCGAGCACCUGUGCCAGCUGUACCAGUCCCUGCCUGCCUUCCUCGACCCUGCAGACAUUGCCGCCUUGGAGGGCAUCAGCUGGAGGCUGCCCAGCGCCCCGUCUGAUGAGGGUUCCUUCCCUGGCAAGGAGGCCCUGGCUGCCUUCCUGGGCUGGUUUGAUUACUGUGACCACCUUAUCACAGAGGCACACGCGGUGGUGGCGGAUGCCCUGGCCAAGGCUGUGGCCGAGAAGCUGUUUGUGGAGAGCCUGCAGCCACAGCUCCUGCACGUGUCUGAGCAGAGCAUCCUGACCUCCACCGCCCUCCUCACCGCCAUGCUGCGCCAGCUCCGCUCCCCCGCGCUGCUGAGAGAGGCCGUGGCUUUCCUCCUGGGCACAGACCCGCAGCCCGAAGGCCCCGAGGACAACCCCCGCGCCCUGUGUGCCCACCUCAUCCGGCACUGCGACCACCUCUCCGACGAGAUCAGCAUCGCCACGCUGCGGCUGUUCGAGGAGCUGCUCCAGAAGCCCCACGAGUGGAUCCUCCACAGCCUGAUCCUGCGCCACCUCGAGGGCCGCCUGUAUGUGGCCCGGGGCUCGCCGGAGCCUGAGAACUAUGAGGACACCCUAGAUCUGGAGGAAGACCCCUACUUCACAGACGGCUUCCUCGGUCCUGGCUUGCAGCCCUCCGCGAAGCCUCGCCCAGCGCCCGCCCCCAACGCAGACGGCAAAACGGCAGUGACGGAGAUCGUGAACAGCUUCCUCUGCCUGGUCCCCGAGGAAGCCAAGACCUCAGCUUUCCUGGAGGAGACAGGCUAUGACACGUACGUCCACGAUGCCUACGGCCUGUUCCAGGAGUGCAGCUCCCGCGUCGCCUCCUGGUGCUGGCCUCUGGGUCCCACACCCUUGGACCCCCACGAGCCCGAACUGCCUUUCUUCGAGGGCCACUUUCUCCGAGUGCUGUUUGACCGCAUGUCCCGGAUUUUGGAUCAGCCAUACAGCCUGAACCUGCAGGUGACCUCAGUCCUGUCCCGGCUCGCCCUCUUCCCCCACCCCCACAUCCACGAGUACCUCCUGGAUCCGUAUGUCAGCCUGGCCCCCGGCUGCAGGAGCCUGUUCUCCGUGCUCGUCAGGGUGAUUGGGGACUUGAUGCAGAGAAUUCAGAGGGUCCCCCAGUUCCCAGGCAAACUGCUCCUGGUGCGCAAGCAGCUGAUGGGCCAGGUCCCUGGGGAGCAGCUGGACCACCAGACCCUCCUUCAGGGCGUGGUGGUGCUGGAGGAAUUCUGCAAGGAGCUGGCCGCCAUCGCUUUCGUCAAGUUUCCCCCACGUGGUCCUCACCUGAACCUGUCCCCACCCCCGGAAGGGCAAGUCUGAGCCAGGAGCAGGAUGGUGGUAGACUGCUGUCCACACCUCUGCCCCAGAGCUGCCUCCCGCCUGGCACUGCCGCCGCACCCUCCCCAAUGGGGCUCUGGCUCUCAGGCUCGCUCACGGAGACCUGGAACUGUUGAGCGCACCGGCCUGGGUUUGGUGUUGUUUCAGAGAGUAGGCCUCCAAGGUACCCGGUGCCCAGGAGCCAAAGAGAUGGCUCCCCAGGCAGCAUGGUGUCCUUGAGGCCUUCUCAGAGGAGCUGGGUGGUGGCCAGGUGAGCGCCCACACCCUCACGUGCUGUGUGCCUGAGCCCCUCUGUACUGGCCAUUUGUGGCCAGGGCCAAAACCUGUGACUCGAUUCCCAGGCAGAAGGGGCGGGGAGGGAGCUGAUGGCUCCAAGGCUGGUCGGAACCCGGGCCAGAGAGAUGGGGCCAGGAGCCCUGUCUGUCACAUUAGGAACCCUGGAAGCUGCUGAGACUUGACGUUUUUUCCCUGCCUUCUUGACUUGGCCCGUGGAGAUGGCGCAGUGAAGGGGACAGUCGGGGAAGCCCCUCUUCCUGCUCUGCCUCCUGGAGACUGUUGCAAAUUCCCAGCCUCCUCAUGGCAAGUGCCCAAAGCAUGCUCCGCGCCCAGGCGGGGGCAGCUGUUAAUGAGAACCUUGCUGCAGCUGCAGCCAGGGCGGGAGAGGGCCUGGGGAGCCGGGGGCCAGGCUACGGCUCCAGCUGGUUUCUCUCUGGCGCCUUCUGAACCCGUCUCGGCAGGUCCGCAACACCUGGGCAGAGAGGUCAGAGACCAGGGAGGCCGGGCCUUGCCCUCUGCCGCCUGCCCAGCGCCCGGUGUUCUCAAGGCAUGCCCUUCCAGGGGAGCAAGGGAGCUUGGGGUCCAGAUGAGGGCCGGCUGCCCCCGACUCCAGGCCCUGAGGCCCGGCCUGGCGGGGAGGGGCCGAGGCGCAGGCAGCCAGAUCUGCUGUUGUUCUCCCUGCGUGCCCUCCAUGGCAGGGGCUGCUACCCCACCCGGCCCAAAUCUGUCUCGACCUGCAGGCACACACGGGCAGCGCCAGCCAUUACCUCACAGCGGGACUGCAGUUGCUGGCUCCGCUCCUGGGCAAGGAGGAGCAGGCCAGAGCUCCUUUCGCUUCCUUUUCCUGCCCAUGCGGCUUUUGGAAGCCGGGCGCAGGUUGCCAAGAGGUGACAUGAAAGAGGAGGGAACUCAGUGACCUCUGCCUCUCCCGCAUUCCUCCCAGCGGGGGAGGACUUCGCUGCUGCACGGCACACCGUGCGCAUGUGUGUGCACGCACGUGGGUGUCGGUCUGGACAGGGGAGCGGAUCUCAGUGGGUGGAUUGCGUCUGGACUCUUAGAAUCAUAAAGCACUCGAGGGGCUGCAAUUCACAGACCGUCCCCUCUCCUCAGCGCACUUUGGUGUUUGCACAGUGUCUUCCCAGACAGCACAGCAAUAAAUGGCGUGAUUAUGUGGA